CGACUAUCAAUGACACACUCGAAGACGUUCGCUUUCGGGAUCGACAAUCGAGUCGUGUAUGUACGCGCAAUGCUGUCCUGAGUAUGCUCACCCUGCUAGUCUAGUCUAGUAGACUACUCCAAAAAAACGAAGCGACACCGACACCGACACCGACACCGACACCGACGAACGCACAACAACUUCCAUUGGCCUGCUUCUUCAACAAGAUGACAAAAAUUGUGGCCAUGGAAAUGCGCCAAGAGGAUACCAAGGCUGGGCCAAGAACGGCCCAAGACUUCUCCAAGACAGCUCUCCUUUGUCCCGCCGCCGCGGCAGUUUGACUCAGGCAAGGCAGCCUGGGCAGGUCUCGUCUGUUUGUCGGGUAACUGUGAUAAACUUGCAGUGAUAAUCCAGGAGCCUUGGCCUUGGCGCAGGCUUGGUAUUCGAGAAAGGAAGGGAUCAGUGCGGACGAGUCGGGGGGAACAUGUGUUCAGACACUGAUUUCGAAGCCAAGACGUUGGCCAAGACCACGAUGGCGAGACGAAGAAUUCCAUCGAUUUGGUCAGCCUGUCUUGUCCGUGUGUUGUAGGAAAUAUAAGUAUAUCUACCUACGAGCUGGACCCCGUCCUCGGCCCGUCCUGUUUACUCUUGCUUCUCUACAGCUCAUGUUUACAUGUUGAUGCUGGCUAUUGGUGUCUUCACUACUUACUAGCACAAACACACCAGACAGAGCAACAUAUCCUUUCCACACAACAACUGACCCCUACAGGCAAACAUGACCAAGACGGAGCCUGAUAAGGCUGCUGCUGGCGACCAUGUCUCUGGCCAAAGCAACAAACCCCUUUCCCGACCUGCCCACGCCUUGACCCAUCAAGAUCUCGCCCACGAGAUUGGAGCCGACCCCCUCUCCGGUCUCACCCCCGACGAAGCCAAGCGUCGGCUUGAGGAAUAUGGGAAAAACGAACUGGGCGAGGCUGAAGGUGUCCAGCCCAUCAAGAUCAUCAUUGCUCAGAUUGCCAAUGCCAUGACGUUGGUCCUCAUCCUGGCCAUGGCCGUCUCCUUUGGUAUUAAAUCCUGGAUCGAAGGCGGUGUCGUUGCCUUCGUCAUCGGCCUCAACGUCGUCGUCGGUUUCUUCCAAGAGUACUCUGCCGAAAAAACCAUGGACAGUCUACGCUCUCUUUCCUCUCCCACCGCCACCGUCGUCCGCGGCGGCGAGGCCAUGGUCGUCCCCUCUGGUGAAAUUGUCCCCGGUGAUCUAGUUGAAGUCAAAAUGGGCGAUACUCUGCCGGCUGAUAUCAGGUUGAUCGAAGCCAAAAACUUUGAAACCGACGAAGCUCUCCUAACCGGCGAAUCCCUUCCCGUUCGCAAGACGGUUGAGUCUACUUUCGACGACACCACCGGCCCUGGCGACCGUCUCAACGUCGCCUACUCCUCCUCCACCGUCACCAAGGGAAGAGCAAAGGGUAUCGUUUUUGCUACCGGCACGUUUACCGAAAUCGGCGCCAUCGCCUCUGCUCUCAACAAGAAAGACUCCAAGGUCCGUCCCGUCAAGCGCAAGCCCAAUGGCCACGCUGGUCCCCAUCGUUAUCUGGAGGCGUACACUUUGACUCUUGGAGACGCCCUCGGUCGGUUUUUGGGUGUCAACGUCGGCACUCCGCUGCAGAGGAAGCUGUCGAAGCUGGCUAUGUUGCUCUUUGGCAUCGCGGUUAUCUGCGCCAUCAUCGUCUUGGGAGCGAACAAGUUCAACACCCGUCAGGAAGUUAUCAUUUACGCCGUGGCCACAGGCCUGUCGAUGAUUCCGGCGAGUUUGGUGGUGGUGUUGACAAUCACCAUGGCGGCUGGCACCAAGAGGAUGGUGGAACGGAACGUCAUUGUGCGCAACCUCAAGUCUUUGGAAGCCCUGGGCGCCGUGACGGACAUUUGCUCGGACAAGACUGGCACGCUUACUCAAGGAAAAAUGGUAGCGAGAGGUGCUUGGAUCCCGGGAAUGGGCACUUAUACCGUCGAACUGGGUGAUGAGCCGGUGAAUCCUACCAAGGGCGACAUCCGCUUUGCGAAGCAGAUGCCGUCGGAGGUUGAUUUCAAGUCGACCAACGCUGAAAAGAGCUCUACCGGCCCUGUUACGGCCCCUGGAGAGCUCUUGACAUCCAGCACCACCCGUCUCCAAGACUUCCUCUCCGUCUGCUCCCUUGCCAACCUUGCCACCGUCUUCUCCAAGGAAUCCGAAGAAACGCCCGGCACCGAACAAUGGCACGCGCGCGGCGACCCGACCGAAAUCGCCAUCCAGGUGUUUGCUUCCCGCUUCGACUUUAACCGUCUCCGUCUUGUCUCCGGUUCCAAUCCCGAAUGGCAAGAAGUCGCCGAAUUCCCGUUCGAUUCGGACGUUAAGCGCAUGUCGGUGAUCAUGAAGAAUACGCAGACGCAAGAACACUGGGCCUUCACCAAGGGCGCUGUGGAAAGGGUUAUUGGUGCUUGCGUCAACUACUUUGACUCUGACGGUCCCGACGCGGAGGCUAAGCCCGUAACUGACGAGUUCCGCGCCGAUAUCCUGAAGAACAUGGAAUCUUUUGCCUCUCUCGGUCUACGCGUCCUGGCCCUCGCCUCCCGCCGUCUUCCCUCCGACGGCACCACCUGGAACGAAGAAACGUCCCGCUCCCUCAUCGAAUCCGAGCUCACCUUCCGCGGCCUGAUCGGGCUCUACGACCCUCCCCGCCCCUCGUCCGCCUCGGCCGUCCACCAAUGCCACGAAGCCGGUAUUUCGGUCCAUAUGCUCACUGGUGACCACCCAGAGACCGCCAAGGCCAUCGCCAUCGAAGUAGGCAUCCUGCCCCCUCUCUCUUCCAUGUCCCGCGUCUCUGCAGCUGUCGCCCACGCAAUGGUCAUGACCGCCUCGCAGUUCGAUGCCUUGUCCGAUGACGAAGUUGACGCUUUGCCCGUUCUCCCACUCGUCAUCGCGCGCUGCGCUCCCUCUACCAAAGUCCGCAUGAUCGAAGCCUUGCAUCGCCGUGGUCGCUUCUGCGCCAUGACGGGCGACGGCGUCAACGACUCUCCUUCCCUCCGUCGCGCCGACGUCGGUAUCGCCAUGGGUCUUUCCGGUUCGGACGUAGCCAAAGACGCCUCGGACAUUGUUCUGACAGACGACAACUUUGCCUCCAUCGUCGCCGCCAUUGAAGAAGGCCGUCGCAUUUUCGACAACAUCCAGAAAUUCGUCCUGCACGUCUUGGCGGAGAACAUCGCUCAGGCAGGCACCCUGCUCAUCGGACUGGCAUUCAAGGACGCCUCGGGCCUUUCCGUCUUUCCCCUGGCUCCCGUGGAAAUCGUCUGGAUCAUCAUGAUCACCUCCGGUCUACCCGACAUGGGCCUCGGUUUCGAGCGCGCCGUUCCCGACAUCAUGGCGCGUCCCCCGCAAUCUCUAAAGACAGGAAUCUUUACUUUGGAAUUCAUCAUCGACAUGAUCUUUUACGGACUGUGGAUCACGGCGCUAUGUCUGGCCUCGUUUGUGUUGCGGGUCUACGCCUGGGGCGACGGCGACUUGGGCAGCGGCUGCAACGAGCAUUACUCGGACUCCUGCGAGACCGUGUUUCGCGCGCGCGCCACCACUUUCGCGUGCUUGACGUGGUUUGCCCUCUUCCUGGCUUGGGAGCUCGUCGAUAUGCGCCGCUCCUUCUUCCGGAUGCAGCCUGGCUCCAAGAAGUACUUUACGCAAUGGAUGGUGGACGUGUGGCGCAACAAGUUCUUGUUUUGGGCGAUCGUCGGCGGAUUCGUCACGCUGUUUCCUACGCUGUAUAUCCCCGUGAUUAAUCAUGCCGUGUUCAAGCACACGGGCAUCUCGUGGGAGUGGGGUAUUGUGUUUGUUGCGGCGGGACUGUUCUUUGGUGGUGUUGAGGGGUGGAAGUGGGCUAAAAGGGUUUUCCUCAGGAGACGCGCGAGGAGGGGAGCUGCCAAGAGCGGUGGAGGAGCAGGAGGACAGGGCAAAUUGUGGAAGGAUAUGGAUGUGGAGGAAAAGAUUUUUGGAGAGUAUUUUGGGUCGCCUGCUUCUACGGAUGAGGUUUCGCUUCAGGAUACUCAUACUCGUGGGCAUGAAAAGAAGAAUGAUGAGGGAGCCACGGGCCAGCGCCAGGAGAACCAGGGACGGGAUUGACUAAGAAGGGGCGGGAAGCCCCGGGCGGAAGUCGUUGUUGGUGAGGGUGGCAUUGUCAAAGUCAAAGUCGUGGUCACAACUGAUGCAAUUGCAGCGGUUGGCGAUCAUGAUGAUGAUGAUGACAGUGUCAAUGGUGGUGGUGGUGGUGGUGGUGGUGGUGGUGGUGGUGAUAAGUGCAAGGUGAGUCGCUCAUGCAGGAGUGGCAGUCGCAGUGGUCAAACAGGACUGCAGUUGGCGUCCAUCGUGUCGACCACGACAGCAGCAAAGGUGGGUGAAAGCCUUUCCUUUUGGGUUCUUGUAGCCCCCUUCUCUCCUGUGCAACAAAAGCAGCUGCUACGGUUCCAGGCAGACUGCUGCUUUGGUUACGCAGAUGCUGGUCAAGCCGAGGAGAGGUCUUUUGGUUCUGGCUCUGUUGAUGGUGUUGUUGCGAAGGUUGAUGGUACUGGUGUUGGGAAUCGGGUGUUGAGAUUGGCAAGAUCAAGAAUGAUGAAGAGAGAAGAGGAGGAGGAGGAGGAUAAUGUCUGUCGUUACCGUUAUUGUACACCGAGAAAGAUUGUCUGUCCUUAUCGUAGAAUUAGCAGUAGUAGUAGUAGUAGUAGUAGCAGUAGUAGUGUGAUAAGUAGCACCGGCGUUGAUGUCGGGGAAAAUAUAUAUAAAUGGUGUAGAAAA